GGCGCAAAAUAUCAACUGCACCGAGAAUUGCACCUUGCACUAACGAACUGAAAAGCGUGUGAAAUUCCAUCAUCCCUAGCCUUCUCUCUCUCUCUCUCUCUCUCUCUCUCUCUCUCUCUCUCUCUCUCUCUCUCUCUCUCUCUCUCUCUCUCUCUCGCUCUCUCAAACCCCCCACCCCCACCCCAACUCGCGCGGAAAAAACGGGUGGAGAAAAAACCUUUCUGCAUGAAGAAGUGGGCUAUUGUAUAGGAAGAAGGGGGCUAUUAACGGUGAAUAAAUCCGACUCUUGGUUUCGAAUCGUGGACAGGAUGAAGAAACUGCUGAAUCAGUGGUUGUGGUCAGAGAAGUUCUGGCUUCCUCCAAACAUUACAUGGCAUGACAUUGAAGGCACAACAGGGGGUGGUCACCAACCUCUUCCGAGUGACCUGCUUCUUGCAUUACCUCUGGCCCUGGGGUUCAUCGCUGUUCGCUUUGCUUUUGAAAGGGUGGUGGCUCUGCCGCUAAGCAAGACGCUUGGAGUGUUUGACAGGGUGCAGGUCCGGGUGCCACACAACCCCAAGCUGGAGGCUGUUUACUCACAGAGGAAGAAAUACUUUACACAGAAUGAGCUCAAAGGUCUGGAGAAACAUUGUGGCCUCACGCAGCGUCAGAUUCAUAACUGGCUCAGGCUUCGCCGCAACCAGGACAAGCCGAGCAACACCAAGAAGUUCCGUGAAGCUUCGUGGAGGUUUAUUUUCUACCUCAUCGCAUUCACAGCAGGACUCGCUGUCUUGAUUGAUACAGCCUGGUUUUGGGACCACCGUGAGUUCUGGCAUGGAUACCCCAAACAACCUGUGGCCAAGUCACACUACUGGUACUACAUUCUGGAGCUCAGCUUUUACUGGUCCUUGCUGCUAUGCGUCUCUGUGGACGUUAAACGCAAAGACUUCAAAGAGCAGAUCAUCCAUCACAUUGCCACCAUCUCACUGAUUAGCUUCUCCUACUGUAACAACUACAUACGGGUUGGUACAUUUGUGAUGCUGCUGCACGAUUCAUCCGACUUCCUGUUGGAGUCUGCUAAGAUGUUUAACUACGCUGGCUGGAAGAAGACAUGUGAUAGCCUGUUUGUUGCUUUUGCCGCUGUAUUCCUGGGAACUCGCCUUUUUGUUUUUCCAUGCAGGGUGCUUUACUCAACUUUUGUGGAGUCACUGGAUUUCUUCAAGCCAUUUCCUGCUUAUUAUCUCUUCAAUGGCCUCCUUUUUGUGCUGCAGGCACUGCACAUUUUCUGGGCUAAUCUCAUUCUGAGGAUGCUCUACAAAUUUAUCUUCUUGGGCAAAGUGGAGAGGGACGAGCGGAGUGAUGAGAGUGAUGUCGAGGAGGAGGGAGAGGACAAUGGCAUGGAGGAAGUGUGUUGCUGGGAACAGAGCAAUGGAACACUCAACUCCAAGCUUACCUCACUGGCUAAAACUUGUGUCCUCAACAACUUGACCUACCAGAGGAGAAACAUGGACAGCAGACUUCCCAGGGGCAGAUAAUAUUCCUCCUGCACUUCACUUCAGUUCAUGUUUUUGUUACAAACCAUCCACAUAAAAAAGAAGUAUGAGUAUGUGUGUGCAUUGUUUAACCCAAGAAAUGAAAUUUGCUUAUUUCUCAUAAAAG